UUGCCAAUAAUUGGCCCAAAUUCAAUAAUUGCGGUUGUUUGUGCUUAAUUCGAUAUUUCACCUAAACUACCAUACCAUCAAAGUGGAUAAAUUUGUGAGCUCCUCGCGAUGAAACCAGCGUUAUAUCGGGCCUUGCUCGUAGUCAUUUUGUUUUUCCUAUGCGUCUCAAGAGAUCCGCUAGGCAAAACCACUGUUCCAGACAGGGCUGAGGAUGUAAAAGACUUGAACCCUUUUGAGCUACUCAAGCUCGGCCAGGAUGUGUUGCAGUUGUUCCCGCAUGAACCACAGCCUGCCGAUGUAACAUUUUACUUCACAAGCCUGAACUUGAGCGAACCGGUUUUGACAACGUCCACCAAAUCGAUGUUGGAUGCAUCGAAAAAAACCAAAAUCCUCAUCCACGGGUGGCUGGAGAACCAUAGAAGGUCUUGGUACCAAGGAAUAGCCGAUCAAUAUUUGGAAACUGGCGAUUUCAACAUAGUGGAAGUUGAUUGGGAAACUGUAGCUCGAAUGCCGUACAUUUACUCGGCGAAAAGUGUGCAGAUCGUCGGCCAAUGGGUGGCUCAGUUCAUCGAAGAAGCGUCCCUUCUGCCAGCCAACGUCCACAUUAUCGGCCAUUCUUUAGGCGCUCACGUUGCAAGCUUCGCUGGGAAGGCGAUUUUUUCAUCUACUGGCCAAAAAGUCAGUAGAAUCACAGCCUUGGAUCCAGCAGGGCCAUAUUUCAGAUUUCCGACGGUGAAACCAUCCGAGCGACUAAACCAGAAGGAUGCUGUCGUGGUGGAUGUGAUUCACACUGAUGCAGGUUUCUAUGGCUUGGAGGAUCCUACUGGAACUUUGGAUAUCUACGUAAAUGGAGGAGGGCGCAUCCAGCCGGGUUGUUUGGACUUCACCGAUCAUGUGCCCGAAUCGAUUGGGGAUAUUCUGGAAACUUAGCCACUGUUUAAGCCUUUUGCAGCCACGCCAGAUCGGUGAAGUACUUCAUCGAGUGGAUCCACAGAGGAAAGUUUAAAUGCACUUUCCAUCAUGCUGAGCGAAUGUUGGCCUCGGAGGAUGUAAACUCCCAGUUAACUGGGGUUUGCUUCGCAAACACCCACCAACACGAACCAUAUUUAAUUUAAACUAAUUAGUGUCGUUAUUUUAGCUAAAAACAUCCCCAAAGACAAAGACAUACAAUAUAUUUUAUAAAAGCAAA